AUUUUUUUUACAUUUAUAUCAUUAUUUUAUAUAUACUUCUUAAAUAUUACACAUAUUACAAUUACUUAUGUUAUAUGUUCCACAUUAUCGAAAUAUUGUAUUAUUGAAACUAUAUGCAUGAACGUAAGUUAUUGUUUAUGUUUAUUAGAAAUAUAUAUUUUUCAUUGCAGAAUUUCGUGGUGCGACAAUCAAGCCAAAGCGAUACAAUGGCUCUCUCAGUGAGAUUACCUGCCGGGAAGGGACCUUACAUUGAGCAUUACUUGAUUCAGGCCAACAAGGGCAAACUGAGCUUGGAAACGAGUGAGAACAGGUUCGACAAUAUUCCCUCGCUGAUUGCUCAUUAUUCACAAUGCUGGAAGCGAAUAUUCUAGACGGCAUCGCGACGCGAUAUUGUAACGAAGCGAGAAAAGAAAAGCGAGCGAAAAGACGAACUUCUUUUGUCACCGAGUGCUCGGACCGAGAUACGAGCGCGACUCACGGGAGUUCAGUUCGGUUGACGACAGGCGAGUCGAACGGACGCGACGUGUUCUUGUAUCACU